GAUGACUGCGGACAACGAAAUAGACAUCAAGGAGGCGUUUCAGCGUGCUCAGAAAGGCCACAACAACAAGGCGAAGCUGGUGGCGAGUCUGAAGAGCCGCUACAACAAGCUUGAGGACAAGACACUGUUUCAUGAAGAGUUUGUCCACUACCUGAAGUACGCCAUGAUCGUGUACAAGCGGGAACCUACUGUUGAAAACGUCAUUGAAUUUGUUGGGAAGUUCGCCACAAGUUUCCAGUCUCCACCUAAAACAGAGGAAGAGGAACAGCAGCAGGAGGAGGAGGAGGAAGAAGAGGAGGAUCAUCCAUUUUUGAGUUUCAUCUUCAACUUCCUGUUGGAGUCUCAUAAAGCUAGUAGCCAUGCGGUGCGCUUCCGUGUGUGCCAGCUGAUCAACAAGUUACUGGGUAGCAUGGCAGAGAAUGCCCAGAUUGACGAUGACCUCUUCGAUCGCAUUCACCAAGCCAUGCUGGUCCGUGUGACCGACAAGUUCCCCAACGUGAGGAUUCAGGCUGCCUUGGCAAUGACUCGCCUACAGCAGCCAAUGGAUCCAGACUGCCCCACCAUUAAUGCCUACAUGUUGAUUCUGGAAAAUGAUAGUAAUGCUGAGGUGCGACGUGCCGUCCUCUCCUGCAUUGCCAUGUCCCCUCGCACCCUCCCCAAAGUACUCAAACGCACCCGCGACAUCAAAGAGAACGUCCGCAAGUUGGCCUUCCAGGUUUUGGCAGAGAAAGUCCACAUUAAAGCUCUAACCAUCGCCCAAAGAGUGAGUCUGCUGCAGCAGGCACUCCAUGACACGUCAGAAGCGGUGAAGGAAGUGGUUUGUUCUCGUCUGCUGCCGUCCUGGCUGCUUCGGCUGGAUGGUGACAUCAUAGAGCUGCUCCACAGGCUAGAUGUGGAGAACUGCUCCCAAACGGCUCUGGACACACUCAAAGCCAUAUUCAAAGGCACACCUACUGAUGAACUGCUGCAGAAAAGAGUACAGCUCGACAACAGGAAGCUGAUCCCAGCAGAGUCUCUGAGCUGUGAGAACGUGCUUUACUGGAGAGCUCUGUGUGAGUUCAUUAAAACCAAAGGGGACGAUGGUGAAGAAAUGCUGGAACAAGUGUUACCAGAUGCUGCCACAUAUGCCGACUAUCUCUAUGGAUAUCUGAAGGCCGUGCCUGUGCUGUCCGAGGAGCAGAGAGCUGACUUUAACCAGCUGGAGUUGGUCAUGACCAAAGAGUUCAUCUCGCAGCAGCUCAUCCAUCUCAUCGGCUGUCUGGACACCAACGAGGAGGGCGGCAGGAAGCGAGUACUGACUGUACUGCAGGAGAUGUUGGCUCUACCUCAGACUCCCUCCUCACUGGUCUCUUUGCUCACUGAAAAACUCAUCACCCUCAUCCCUGACGAUAACAGACGCAUACAGACUGUGGCAGAAAUCAUCUCUGAUGUGAGGGAGCCCAUCAUGGAAGCCUGUCAGCCGGUGGAUCAGGACGAGAGCCGCAGGCAGCAAGUCCAGCUAGCAGAGGUGAAGGUCCGUAUCUUGGAGGCUAAACAAGCCCUGGAGGACUGUAUCACAGCUCAGGAGUUCGGCCGUGCAGCGGAGCUAAAGGAAUCCAUCACAGAGCUGGAGAACCACAGGAACCAAGUCCUCCAGGAAAUUGCAGCAAGCAGUCAGCCAGCUGAUAAGGAGAUCCGCUCUGAGAAGAACGACCCAGAGACUCUUCUGAGAUGCUUAACAAUGUGCGCUGAACUGCUGAAGCAGAUGAACAUGAAGACUCGAAUUGGCCCAACAAUUAGCGCCUUAAUGUCCUCACUGAUCCUUCCAAGUAUCGCAAAUGCUCACCCUGCUGUUCGCAACAUGGCGGUAGUGUGUCUGGGAACGUGCACUCUGCACAGCAAGGAGCUGGCCAAAACCCACAUGGUCCUGCUGCUACAGAUUGCCCAGCUGGACGAGGUGAAGAUACGUAUCAGUGCUCUGCGGGCCAUCAUCGACCUGCUGCUGCUGUUCGGCUUCCAGCUGCUCUCUGAAACAGCUGCCACUCAGACAGUCCUGCCCUCCCAAUCACCAGAGCGGCAGGAUGAGGACGCUCCAGCGGCCGAGGAGAAGGGAGACAUACCAGAGGAUACAGCGCAGAGUAUAGUUGUGAUGCUGUCAGAGUUCCUGGACAGUGAGGUGUCUGACCUGCGUACAGAGACAGCAGAGGGCCUGGCAAAACUUAUGUAUACCGGCCGCAUGUCCAGUGCCAAGAUGCUGUCUCGCCUGGUGCUGCUGUGGUACAAUCCCGUCACUGAGGAUGACACCCGCCUACGACACUGCCUGGGUGUCUUCUUCCAGCUCUACGCCCGCGAGAGCAGGGUCCAUCAGGAAGUCGUGGAGGAGAGUUUCCUUCCGACUAUACGGACUCUGAUGAACGCUCCAGCCACCUCUCCACUAGCUGAGGUGGAUGUUAACAAUGUGGUUGAGCUGCUUGUGGAGCUGACCCGUUCAAGUGCGCUCAUGAAACCUUCAACCAACACAGAGGAGGUGUGUGUCCAUGACUACCUGGCGGUGCGUAUCUGUGGGGAGAUGUUAAAAGACCCUACAGCCCCCGAGGUGCGUCUCUACGCCAAGACUGUUGGCAACCUGGAGCUCAGCAGAGGCGAGACUGUAAGGAAAGACCUGCAGACACUGCUGCAGCAGCUUGUACAGGUGGUGAAGGACCGAGUGUGUCUACGUGCUCUGGAGAAGAUGAUUCACCAGCUUGUGGACUCUAGAGAGCAGGCCGAGCUCCUCAGCGCUACCGCACUUCAACCACUGGAUGUCAAUGCAGACGAGGCUGCAACAGACGAUCCAUCAAAAUCUGCCAAGAGACCCAAAAGAGGCCAGAGGAAAGUUUGCACAGCCAAAAGUGGCAGAAAGUCAAGCAGGAGGGCCGAGUCAUCAGAGGAGAGUGAUGGAGAAAAUGUUCCCGAGUCAGUUCCUGUGGUUCGCCCCUCACGGAGGGCAAAGACAACGGCUUUGGAGAAGACCAAGCUGGAUCUUAACACCCUCAUCAACCAGGAGGCCAACGUGUCGUAAAAAUCAGUUCAUUCAAGCUCGGCCAUGGAAAGAUAAAGCAAAAAUGGAAACUGAUUUUGCAGUUUAUUUUAACCAGUGUUCAAAUACUCAAAAUACAGUUCACUUUCAGUACUUUUUCUAAAGUGGAAAUAUUUACUGUACUUUAUCUUCUCACUUUUCUUUUUGUGUUUUCUUUUGAAUAAAAUUAACCUUUGAUAAAUGUUACAGACACUGAUGUGACUGCAAUAGCAUCAUCUGAAGUCUUUGUGUUUUCCUGUCUUGUCAAGUUUUGUCAUUUUAAUCAUAAAAAUAACAUUUGUAUCA